GGAGUUUCACGCAAGAAACGGUCGACUUCAAAAGAGACCCCUACGAAGGAGAGGGCAACAGCGACGAGAGCGAGGAGAGCGGCAAGCCACGCGGGAAUCCUUUACGGGGCCGACGAUAGAGCAGUCUGAUCUGUCUGUGAAAUGAACCGCUACAAAGUUACCAAGCAAUUGGGCGAUGGCACGUAUGGGUCGGUUCUCAAAGCUGUGAAUCGGACAUCGGGAGAAGUGGUCGCUGUGAAGAAGAUGAAGAAGAAGUUUUACACGUGGGAGGAGUGCAUGCAGCUGCGAGAAGUGAAGUCCCUGAAAAAACUCAACCAUCCCAACAUCAUUAAGUUAAAGGAAGUCAUACGGGAGAACGACGAGCUCUUCUUCGUUUUUGAGUUUAUGGAGAACAACUUGUACGAGACGAUGAAGAAGCGGGACAGGCAUUUUCCCGAGUCCAAGAUUCGCAACUUGAUGUACAAGGAGAAGCCCUCUGUCUACAGCGUAACGAUUGAUUGUAUCCUAGGUACCAAAUGCUCCAAGGCCUCGCCUUCAUGCACAAACACAGUUUCUUCCACCGCGAUAUCAAGCCUGAAAACAUGCUUGUCAAGGGGGACGUGGUCAAAGUGGCGGACUUUGGUCUGGCUCGAGAGAUCCGAUCACGCCCUCCGUUCACCGACUACGUAUCAACUCGGUGGUACCGGGCUCCUGAAGUGCUCUUGAGGUCCACGACGUACAACUCCCCCAUCGACGCGUGGGCAAUGGGAUGCAUCAUGGCAGAAAUGUUUACGUUGAGGCCGCUCUUCCCUGGAAGUAGUGAAGGCGACCAAAUAUACAAGAUCUGCUCCGUACUGGGCAAUCCAACCCACGCGACGUGGCCCGAGGGCAUGAAGUUGGCUGCGCAGAUGAACUACCGAUUUCCACAGUUUGUUCCGACGUCGUUGCAGUCGAUCAUUCCCCACGCAAGCCCCGAAGCCAUCCAGUUAAUGCAAGACUUCAUGAAGUAUGACCCAAACCAAAGACCAACGUCCAGCCAAGCGCUGCAGUACCCAUUUUUCCAAGUUAACGUGAGCAUCCCUGCAUCGUUGUCAACCCCUAAUGCCCCCCCACAACCGACAUCCUUGGCUGGCACGAUGACGCCGGUCGAAAAGUCACCUUCUACGACGCCCAUUAGCUCGAAGACCCCGACAUCAAAUUACGGCCCUGUUCCGCCCCCCAACUACCAGCAGCCCACGAUGGAUCCGUUCAACGGGGCGGCGUUUCGAACGAACUCGUCGAAUGCACUACUCCCAAAUACGAAAAUCGCCCCACGGAAUGCGAUCGCAGCCGCCGGCAAUACCAUGUUUGGGACUGGUGACGCACUCGGCCCACAGUCUGGAAGUGUGGACCCCAGCGGCCAAGGGAACCGGUAUGCCCGACAGGCGCGGUAUGCCCCUGGCAUGGGCAAUUCUGACAACAACGAGCACGCGUACGGAGCAGUUCCAGACGUACUGUCUGGUGGGAAGCGGCCAUUCCAGUCCAGCUACAAUCCAAACGUCCCAUUGGUCCCCAAGUCAACAACGACAGCAAGCGCCACAGGCUUGGGCGCCCAAUUGUACAGCCGGCACAACUUUUAGGACCGAACAAGUCGGGAGGAAGGCGCGGUCGUUCACAGUGCUGGGAUAGAUUAGCUAGGAUAGGUUUACUAACUCUGAAUGGUGGUUUAAGCCCAAUUGGUGUCCCCAUCUCUCGAUCACUCAUCUGGCUAGUCAUGGCCGGUAACCCCAGCUACGACAGAUCUUAAGUGCCACGUAGUGAUGAAGGAUGACUCCUUGGUGUUUGCUCCACCAUCGCCGCCGCCGCAGAGUCGCCCCCGAACCAUGAAUUUCGAUCAUUCGUGCCGACUGGACUAACGUUGACGCCUUGUUUCCAAUGCCCCAUCGCCGAUGUCAAACGUAUGGGCACAUGUAUCGUUGCCCAACAGCGGUCGGCAAGCUCCUUGUCGACAUGAAAAGCAACCAGUAACGCUGUGCUGACACAAUCAGGUUGCGUGUGUCGCAAAGUGAUGAAUGGCUGGGGUUAGCGCACCCCCGUCAGUCGUACGAGAUGCCACGACGCUUCCCAGUCGCCGCCAGUUUAGUCUGGCCACGCGGCGCUGCUUGUCCAACCACCUUUGCUGCGUCGCUU